AGCCGUUUUGGGCUCAGAGAGACACCCCCAGUCCGUGCCGGCCCAGACGCAGCCCCCGACCCCCGCGCGCCGCCUGGACGCUCUCUGCCUCUGCGCGCGCCGCCCGAGCGCGCCGUCGGCGCCGCCCGAACGCGCCGCCAUGGCCUGGGCCAGCGGGGGCCCGCCGCACGACGCGGAGCCGCUCGUCGGCCAGCACGGCGCGCAGGACUGCCGCACCAUCGGGCGGCGUCCAGGUCUCUCGGCGGGCAGUCGCUGCGGCAUCGCGGGGCUGUGCCUGGGGGUCGCGGCGGCCGGCGCCGCCGCGUGCUGGCGCCUGCGCGGCGGCGACCUGAGAUCGGCCAGCGCGAAUCGGAAGCUCAUGAGCCCGCCGCCGCACAUCGUGGAUAGCCACAACUCCUCGCCGUCUGGGCUCGGCGGCCACAACCCGUCCAUGCCCUGGCUGGACUGGCUCGGCGGCUCGGACCCGACGCCCGCCCCGACGCCAGCCCCAACGCCCGCCCCAACAGUGCCCCCGAAGCAGACUGCAGCUCCGACCCCGGCCCCAACUCCGACCCCGACGCUGGCCCCGACGCCAAUCCCGACAACAGAGCCGACUGCCGCUCCGACCCCGGCCCCAACCGUACAGCCGCUGGACUGGUUCCACCCCGUCGGCGGAGGCUCUGGGAGGAGCUGUCGCGCGUCGGAGGACGCGACGGAGGUGACGGAGCCUGGUCCUCCUGGCAGCGGCAGCGCGGUCAUCGAGGUGGCUUGGCCGGUGGGCUCGCUGGAGGACUGCCAGUCCGCCUGCGCGAACGCCUCGGCGUGCAGGGCCAUCGAAUACGACAGUGAGCGAGAGAAAUGCAGGGUUUGGCAAUCCGAGCCACAGUCCAGCGUUGCCAGCGAAGGGUCCACGUGUCUCGCUUUUAGGCCCGAGAGUUGGGCGAACCGCGAGUGCCCAACGGCGUGGCCGAAGCCAAAGGAGACGUGGUGCGCCAAGCCGGGUGAGAAUUGCAUGCCGACGGGGUGCUGUGAGGACCCCACCCUCAGCUGUUUCACUAAGAACGGGUUCUGGGCCUCGUGCAAGCCCGUCUGCCAGCCGGGGCAGGUCGACGUCGUUGGGGACGCACCAGAACAUCAAAGCCCAUGGAGCUGCGAACUCCUCGGGUGCGGCAUCCAUCCUGGCCGUUUUGUGCCUCCAGGCCGCUGGUGGUCGCCACCAGAAUCCGCCACCACGCACAACGGAGUGCAGCUGGCCGACGUGUACAUACCAGGCAGUUACGAGCACCGCGUUUUCAUCAUAGGCGACUGGGGUGGAUUCGUAGACAAAGACAACGACAACUACAUCUCACCAGCGAACCAAGUCCACAAGAGGUUUGGGCAGGAAUUCGUGGGCGGCGUGGACGACCGAGCUCAGUUUGCCGUCCGGGAUGCCAUGAUCGGCAGGGCAAAUUGGGCAUUGCCAAACUACGUGCUCAACGUCGGUGACAACUUCUAUUGGGCAGGCGUCGAGGAGCAUUGCAACAACGGCUUCAUCAGCUACAUGGGGACUGCUGAAUAUGGGAUUUCGCAGUUCGAGCACGUCUACGAGAGAGUUUACGUCGGCCAUGGGAUCAACGGCAAGCAGUGGUUGGGCGUGCUUGGAAAUCACGACUACGGGGGUUACAGGUUUGAGAAGGGUUGGGAUAAGGCAAUCGGCUACACGUGGGCGUCGCCGACCGGACGGUGGAUGACGCCCGCUCAGUAUUACAACGUGAAGGUGUGGUAUUUUGAUUUCGCUGUGGACUACGUUUUUAUGGACACCAAUGUUUGGGAUGCUUUGGAUCCAAACGAUCCGUCCCCCCACAACAUCUGCUCUGCUGCCCACAACCCUGGUGGGGCAUCAUGCAACGAAAUUGCGUCGGUCUGGGACUGCCCGUGGUUCUUCAAGGGGCUCUGGGAUAGGCAGAAGGCGUGGCUCGACGAGAUCGCUCCUGGAUUGGCUGGGGACUGGCGCAUCGUCGUGACCCACUUCCCGCCGUACUGGGGCUACUGGGACUGGCAAGACAUGGCCAGAAGACACGAGAUCGACCUGAUCAUCACAGGUCACCGCCAUCUGCAGCACGUGCACGUUCCUGGCGAUCCGGCGGAGCAGGUUUGGCCCGACGACCCCAAUCGUCUCAUGAGCGACUUCCUGGACCCGACGGCCUUGAUCGUAUCAGGCGGUGGCGGAGGUGUCACCUCCGAGAACAAGCCUGAGGGUAACGGCGAGGACGACCAGUACGGAUUCAUGGACAUGACCUUGUCCAAGGACACGAUCAAGAUAGAAGCGAUCUCUCACAGUGGGCAGACAAGGAAGGUGUCGACCAUCUACCACAACUACUCCCACGCUGGCAGCCGCCUCGUGUGGGAGGCAGAGGCCUGACGCCGUCCUGCUCCAGAUGCGCUGAGCAGCGCAUCACCGGGUGUUGUCAGAGCGGCAGUGCCACAAGUGCGCGCUGUGCUCCAGCGUGGCCGGGGAGCUGACCAAGGACAGCCCCCCCUGGGCACGAGCCAGGCCGUGCGUGAAGGUGGUGCCUGGGCUCCGAGGCCGCGCCCCCGGGCCUCGGGCUCGCGCCAGGCCUGGGCGGGUGAGCCCCGGGCCCGGGGGUCCAGAGCUCAGCGAGAGCCUUGCAGGAGGAGGAGCAGGAGGAGGAGGAGCCCGAAACUCCAUACUGCAGUGGAUGUAGGCAGAAGUUUUGCCCGCAGGGUGGAGGACGGCGUGCCCGCGCGCCGCUCGCGGCGUCCUCUCGCGAGCUCUCGGCGGCGCGCGCCAAGAGGGCGCGGCCAGCCCGCGCCGCGUCGACCCGGCGGCGGCCCCGCCCCGGGCGCUCCGGGUGGCGCGCCGCCGCCGGCCAGACCUCCGACGUCGCGAGGAGCUCACGACGGAGGUGUUUGACGAUUCUCGGACUCGUUCUCCACCCUGCCGCCCGCCCCCCUCGGGGUUCUGGCGCUGCCAGCGCCCCCACCCCCCCAACAUGGGC